AUGAAGCCGAAGAAUUAUUCUCCGAUGGAGAAACCCAUCUCCGUCGUGACUGGGAAAUUCCGAAGCGGCAACAACCAUAGUAACGUCUGGUUCGUUGUCCCUCUCUUCAUUAUUCUCUGUUUCAUUCUCCUCUGUUUCGACUACUCUGCUCUCUACAUCACCGACACGGAGGAUGCCGCUUACUCCUCUUCCGACACAACCCAGAAAUCAGUUUCUCGUGAAUCCACGAAAGAAGUAAACUUUUCUCGAUUACUGGACGACCCACUUCCUGAUUCCUGCUCCGGUCGGUACAUCUAUCUCCACGAUCUUCCUGGUAGAUUCAAUAGUGAUCUGCUUCAGAGUUGCAGUUUGAUUACCAGAGGAACCGAGAAUAACAUAUGUCCGUAUCUCAAAAACUUUGGUUUCGGUCCUGAGAUUCAGGAUCCCGACAAUGUGCUGUUGAAAGAGAGCUGGUUUUCGACGAAUCAGUUUAUGCUCGAAGUGAUUUUCCACAACAAGAUGAAGAAAUACACUUGUUUGACUGCUAAUUCGUCUCUAGCGUCUGCGGUUUUCAUUCCCUUUUACGCAGGUAUCGAUAUGAGCAGGUAUCUCUGGGGUUUCAACAUCUCUGUAAGAGAUUCUUCGUCACACGAGCUGAUGGAUUGGCUUGUGAAACAGAGAGAGUGGAGUCGGAUGUCCGGAAGAGACCACUUCUUUGUUGCAGGAAGGAUUGCUUGGGAUUUCAGGAGACAGACUGAUAACGAAUCAGACUGGGGAAGCAAGCUCAGGUUCUUACCAGGGUCGCAAAACAUGUCGAUGAUGUCCAUCGAAUCGAGUUCCUGGAACAACGAUUACGCUAUCCCUUACCCCACCUGUUUCCAUCCUUCAUCUGUGGAUGAGAUCUCGGAGUGGCAAGACCGGAUGAGGUCUCAAAAACGAGAGUACCUUUUCGCCUUUGCGGGAGCUCCAAGACCUGAGUAUAAAGACUCGGUUCGAGGGAAGAUUAUAGAUGAAUGUUUGGAGUCAGAUGAUCAAUGUUACUUGUUAGACUGUAACUAUGGGAAAGUGAAUUGUGAUAACCCUGUCAAUGUGAUGAAGGUUUUCAGGAACUCGGUGUUUUGUCUUCAGCCACCGGGAGAUUCUUACACGAGAAGAUCCAUGUUUGAUUCGAUAUUGGCGGGUUGCAUCCCUGUGUUCUUCCAUCCGGGGACAGCUUACGCUCAGUACAAGUGGCAUUUGCCCAAGAACCACAAGACUUACUCGGUUUAUCUACCAGUUAAGGAUGUGAAGGAGUGGGAUAUCAAAAUCAAGGAGAAGUUGCUUGAGAUUUCAGAGGAAAGAGUUGUGAGAUUGCGAGAGGAGGUGAUAAGGUUGAUACCCAGUGUGGUUUACGCUAAUCCGAGCUAUGGAUCAGAAGGGAGUGAAGAUGCAUUUGAGCUGGCUUUGAAGGGAAUGUUAGAGAAGAUUGAACAAGUGAGAGAGAUGAUGAGACAAGGCAAGGAUGGUGGUGAAGGGUUUGAUGAUAGAGAUGAUUACAAGUAUACAUUUUCUCCAUAUGAAGCUCAAGUUUUGACAUAAAGAUGAAAUUAUGUCAUUGUGUCUUUUUAGUUUAUUUAGGUAGAGAUGCAACUUGUUUGCUCUAGAGUGAAAACAAGAAAGAACAAAUAAAAGAAAAGCU